UUAUCUUUACUGGAUGUAGGGUAUACUUCUUCAACAGUUCCUAAAUUGCUUUCCAUACUUUUGAUGAACAUGCACACAAUUUCCUUGGUAGGCUGUAUUUCACAGUCUUACUUUUUCUUCUUCCUUGGGUCAGCUGAAUGUUUCCUCCUUGCAGUGAUGGCCUAUGACCGGUACGUGGCUAUAUGCUACCCACUCAGAUAUCCAAUAAUCAUGAAUAAAAGCAUAUGUAUUAUUUUUGUGAUUGUUUGCUGGAUAUGUGGUUGCCUGUCUCCUUUGGUAGGUGGCCUUAUGCUAAUAAACGUACCAUUUUGCGGACCCAAUGUAAUCAAUCAUUUCUUUUGUGAUAUUCCACCAUUAUUGAAACUGGCUUGUAUUGAUACAUCACUGAUACAAGAAGUUAGCUUCCUGCUUUUUACUAUGGUGAUUCUGAGCACUUUUCUAUGCACUAUUAUCUCCUAUAUCUACAUUGCUGUAACCAUAUUGAAAAUACCAUCUUCACAUGGGCGUCACAAGGCUUUCUCCACUUGUGCCUCUCAUCUGACCAUUGUUUCUUUGUAUUAUGGAACUGUUAUUUUUAUGUAUGUAAGUCCCACCACCCGUUCAUCUUCUGACCUGAACAAANUAAUAGCUGUGAUAUACAGUGUAGUUACUCCAAUGCUCAACCCAAUGAUCUACACAUUGAGGAAUCAAGAUAUGAAAACUGCAUUGAAAAGAAUAAUCCUCAGAAUGCAGAUCAGUUUAAAGGUUGUGGAAAUAAUUGAUGUCUUUAUUAUGGUGGCAAUCUCGGUGAAAACAGUGUUUGUACAUGCACAGGUAUGCACUGAUGACAUGGGAGUUCAUUGUAGUGCUCCUACUGGCCUUCAAGAAGACAUGGUCCAUUGA